UAGUGUCCGUGGCGUGAACGUUGGGGAUUUCUGGUUUGCAAGCUUUUGGACAAACUUGCAUUUUUCAUCUCACAUUUUAAAAAAUCACAGCGAAGGCUAUUCCCAUUUCUAAAGGCUGUCUUCUUCGGAUGCAAGCAACCCUCCACGGGCUGGAUUGAAUUAAAAUAUAUUUUGAGAUUUUUUUAUUUUGGUAUUUGCACGCACAAAGUAAAAUGGGAUCCCAACUGUCUAAAGGAGGAGUGGCUGUGGAUGGGAAUGCCGCCGCUGCUGACCCAGCUGCAGCUAAAACAAAUGGCCAGGAGAAUGGUCACGUCAAGACAAACGGGGAUGUCUCCGCCAAACCAGACGGGGAGGCAGCGGCCACCAACGGCUCGGCCGAGGCGUCAAAGGACCCGGCUGCAGGCGAUGCCAUCGAGCCAGCGCCCGUCACGGAGGGAGAGGCCGCCAAGCCAGAGGGUGAGGCCGCCAAGGAGGCACCCAAGAAGAAGAAGAAGAAGUUCUCCCUGAAGAACUCCUUCAAGUUCAAGGGGAUCUCACUGAAGAAAGGCAAGAAGGGCGACGGGGACGUCAAGGAGGAGGCGGCGGCUGCGGCCGAGGAGAAGCAGGAGACCAAUGGGGCUGCGGCCGAUGCUGGCGAGGUGGAGAAGGCAGAGGAGGCCACGCCCGCCGAGGAGGCCAAGGCCGAGGAGGCCAAGGCUGAGGAGGCCCCCGCCAAAGCAGAGGAGCAACCGGCUGCCGAAGUAACUAAGGCGGAAGAGGCCGUCGCUGCCGAGCCCGCCAAACCGACAGAGGAAACCAGUUCAACACCCGCCGCACCUUCCGAACAGAAGGAGUGAUCGCUCAUUCAGACUCUGAACUGUUUUUCAAGGAAAAAAUAUAUAUAUUUAUAUAUGUGUGUAUAUAUAUAUAUACAUGUAUAUAUACAUGUGUAUAUAUGUAUAUAUAUAUGUGUAUGAGUGAAAGACUCCUUGUGCCACGUUCGUUAAAAAAGAUCCCACGUAGUGUGAAAGAUCACGAUGCCGAUUCGACCAACAGUUCACUGCCCUGGUAAUGUUGUUACAGAUAGAACAUUAUCGUCAUGUUUCUGGUGAAAAGUCUGUUCCCUUAAAAGAAAUUAUUUUUUAAUGUGUACGGGAGUUAAAAGGAAUUGUAGGUGCGGAUUGUUUGUUGAUGGACGGAAUCAAAGAUGUCCCAUUUUUUCCAAUACUUGGCAAAAACGUUACAUCUCUUUUUUUUAAUGACGUGGCACUCCUAUAACGUUUUAUUUUUCUCAUCUUCCAGGAUCUGAAAAAAAAAUCUAUGACAACUACAUGGAGCAGAAUGGACCUCUCCAUGUUAAAUGACUGUUAUAUGGAAUAAAGAAAAUUACCAACUUAUAGAGUUCUACAUUCCUCUAUUUUACCCCAGUUUCAAUUAUUUUGUGCUGUAUAGAGAAAUGAGACGCAUUUUUAAAGAUUCAAAAAGCGUUGUCUUUUUGCUUGUUUACAAUGUAUUUUAAUCUUUUUGGCUAAAAAUCACAUUUGAGCUUUCGAGUCUGCUGUGUUCACCUUUUUGAGUUCUUAAGGAGGGUGGAGUUGUCGUAUGUAAAACGUAAGCCUUUACUCUGCAUUUUUGUCUGUAAAUACGUUCUUGACCAUUUUUUGUUCUUUUUUUGCUAACAUUUAAAGAUGUCAAUGGUUUUAUUGUAAAGUUAAUGAGGGUAAAUAAAUGUUGGAUCCCUA